GAUGGUGGAAGAGGAAAGAAGGGAGAUCCUUGAGUACAAGAGGGGUGAGUUAGAGGAGGAGGAGAAGGAAGAUGACAAGGAGGACAUUCUCCCACCUGAUAAAAGUAUCAGAAGGAGAGCUGUGGGCUGGGUGAAUAAAACAUGGGAGAAGAGGAACCUCAGAAAGAUAGAGAGAACCUGUCAGAGAGAGGCUGAGGAGGGCCAUAAGAUCGUCCACAUAGUCAUCCCUGGACCCAUAAGGCUAACCAUGACCCGGGCAGAGAGAGAGAGGGAGAAGAGGAAGGAGCUGCUGAAGGCUGAGGAGAGAAGGAAGAAGAUGGAGGAUUUCAAUAAGCAGUGGAGAGAGCGGUCCCUGCUUAAAAAACACACUCAUCAACAACUGAAGGAGGAGAGGGAGAAGAUGAAGGAAAUGUACCUGGAGCAGAUUAAUCUGGAGGCUGAUGAGCAAAUCCAGAAGUUCAGCACCCAGUACAUCACCCGGUGUCCAACCACCCAACACAGCCACGACUACAACCAAGGUCAGGAAUUGCCGGGGUGGGCGACAGGCCAACAAGUAAGCCAAGAGCCUGUUGCAUCUGGAGAUGGCCAGCAAGAGGGGCCAAGGAGGCAACAGGCAUGGGCAGAGAACCAGGAGGAGAGUUCAGAGAACAGGCAGGAGGGGCCAGAGAACCAUCAGGGGGGGCCAGACAGCCAGCAGCUAGAAGCUCCAGAAGAGGCUGACACAUCAGAGCCAAUCUCCAACACAAAGACAAAGAAAAAGCCAAGCAUCUGGAAGAAAAUUAGGAUGAGCAUUCCUGACGUGCUGUCUGCCUAGAGCUGGAACUCAAUGAAGCCACAGUUCCACUGAGGUUACGUUGGUAAUUAAAAGUGUCGCCCAAUAAUUCCUCCUCCUCUUUAAGUCAUCGAGCCACAUUUCCUCCUCAAAACAUUAUAGUCUCCUCAAGCCAGCAAGUAUCCUCAUUAUCAGGCAACAAACCAUUGAAGGUCAGUGACCCUCCUCCCAAGAACAGAGACUCUCAUCUGUAUCCUAGUUAAAUUCAUCUCUGCUUACCACCUCUACAGUCCUAGAAAAUAUCCCAAAAAUGGAAAUGGUUUCAACAGAAGUCCUCCCCUCAGACCAGUGGCUCCACAGACCAGAGUUUCUCAUCUUUAUUCUAGUUGAAUGCAACUCUGAUCAUUUCCACCACUUCUCCUGUUAAGGGGAGGUGCUGAAAAGGAGGUCUGGGAGGAGGUCUGCAGGUAGCCUGGACCGGACCGGUAGCAGCUAAGUUGCUGGCUCCAUCCCCGGGCAGAGCUGCUCAAGUCAGGCCAGUGAUGUUUGAUGAUGUCAUUUUUGUUAGCAAAGUUUUAUUCUUUAAUAAAAGCAUUUAGUAAAA